AUGAACAGUUACAAAAAACUUGGACUUAUAUUACUGACUCUUCAACAGGCCAGUAUGCCACUGAUGGCACGGGCAUCAAGAGACCGACAAAAAGAUAAAGUUUUUAUCACAACCGUAAAUGUUUUCUCAAUGGAGCUGAUCAAACUAACCACUUGCACGUUGAUACUGACCAUUCAGGAACGUUCCUUUAAAAGGUUUCUGGUACAGUGCAAAAGAACGAUCAUUGACGACAUUGGUGAAACGUGGAAAGUUUGCGUCCCGGCUUUGAUCUAUACAGUUCAGAACAAUCUUUACUACAUUGCACUCUCAAAUUUAGAGGCCACCACUUUUUGCCUAACGUAUCAGCUGAAAACCUUUUCCACCGCUAUCCUUUUACGAGUGAUGUUGAAGAAAAGACUAUCUGGUGUCCAGUGGUUUGCCCUGUUCCUUCUUGCUGUCGGAGUUUCUGAUGUUCAGCUACAGUAUCAACCACCAAAAACUGUGCAUAAUACGGAGCAAAGCCCUACUGUCGGUUUUCUUGCCGUUUUGACGAUGUGUCUUACGUCCGCUUUCGCAGGCGUUUACUUGGAAAAAGUUUUAAAACAAAGUGACGUUAACAUUUGGAUGCAAAACAUAAGGCUUGCCGUGCUUGGAAUACCAAUUAGUGCACUUUCAAUGCUUAAAAAUUAUGAUUCAAUAAUGGACGAUGGAAUGUUUAGGGGUUUUGACUGCCUUGUUUGGAUUAUGACGAUUACAAAUUCAAUCGGAGGAUUACUGAUUUCCAUUGUCAUCAAAUACGCCGACAACAUUCUCAAAGCUUUUGCUCAGGGGUUUGGAGAUGGUAGUCAAAAAGCCAACAAGCCUAUUAAAGUAAAAUGAAA